GUUCGCACCUACCUCCGGCAGCGGCGACCCAAUUCACUGAUGGCCGGCCAUGUGAACCGCACACUCUUUGGGGUGCUGCUAAUGCUCCUCUGUCUUAGCGUGGGCGUUGAAAGAGGUGGCUUGAUGGUGAUACUGGUGGGAUUCUACCUGAUGGCCACAGGGAUCUUCCGGCUGGCCAGGUACACAACACGUGCGCUGUUUCGCGUAUGCUCCAUGCUCUUCGGAGCAUUGCUUCCGCUUCUCGCGCUCGGAGUGCAUGUUGUAAAUGGUGGCCGGCCUGCGUGGGAGUUCACAGUGAUGGUGAGCGUCAUGGUGGCCUACAUGGCGGCGAAGGGCACCUUGCAGCUGAACAGGGACUCAGAGCCAUUCGGGAUGAUCCUCGUGAUCCUUGGUCUCGGCUUGUACAUCGUAAUUAUGGGGAUGGAACGUGGUGUCGUGCAGGUUUACUAUGAAAGGAAAUCAGCAUCGCUUCUGAACUCAGCAUCGCUUCUGCACAACAUACGACAGUAUCUCAAGGUCUGGAAGGAGCGCAUGCGGAGGUAUGGCUCCUGACAUGGGUCUAACAUUGUCCUUCUGAACAAUAUCCAGAAUGCACC